CAAAAUUAUCACGACACAACAACCGUGAAAAUAGUUGGAUUGUCACUGCUGCUCAAUCACAGCUGCCUGGUCAAUGUUUUUCAUUAGCAAUUUAGCAAAGUUGAUGGUGGUGGUGUGCGUGUCAGUUAAAGACGGAGAAGGAGAGCGAGAGACAGAUUUUGUGUUAUAACCUUCAUGUUAGGGAUGCACAGUGUGAGCACUCAGGUCGCAGACCCUGCAUCGUGACCUACGAACUUCUAACCCCUGCGAGUCAAUCGUACAGUUUGAGCAGGAGCUGAAAAACGCGACUGAAAAAAUCGCACAGUGUAUGCCCAGCUUAAGAGGCGGCUGACUUGACCACGGUGUAAAAACUGCCGUCCUUACCGGAAGUCACUGUCUGAGUAAACACCAUAACAGCCGGGAGUUUCUGUUAUAGUAAGUGAAAAGUUAAGUUUCAUAUUCAUUUUCCGGGACAUCAACUGCUGUCUAUGGCGGCAAAAGAGACCAUACUAUCAGGACCAGUGUCAUAAACUAAACCUGAACUGAAUCUGCGUAGUCGUGGGCAAAUAUUUUUCUUCCCUUGUGCUGACCAGAGUUUGUUUAGGAAGGAGAUAUCUAAUUUUGAAAAAUAAAAAAUGGAGAGAAAAAGUCUGCUUCCAGGAUUUCCACUGGAAAAUUAUGAGAAAGACAAAAAGGAAGAAAAAAGAAUUAGCCUGAAGAAAAGAAAGAGAGUCACGGAUGAUGAAGAUGAGAACAACUUGUGGCGUGUAAAAUGUGGAACCAAAAGGGGCAUCCUAGAUGUAGAGAAGUUGAAAAAAGGUGAGGCAUGUAUUGAGUAUAAAGGCUGCUUGUACAGUCCACCUGAGUUUGAGAAGCUUGCAGGAAAAGAGCCAUGUAGAAAAUGGAAGUCAACUAUUUUCUACAAUGAACUACCUCUGCAGUUUUGGUUUGAGGAAGGCUAUCUAACCACUACAGGAUAUAGACCAAAGAAAAAAAAACGAAAAUCAUGCGACUCAACAGAAGAAAGUGAGGAAGAUCAUGUUGAACAUGAAGAUGAGGAUGAAGAACGGGAAGAUGAGCAUAUGGAUGAAGAGGAUGUUGGUGGUGAUGAGUCUAGCAGUGAGGAUGAUGAGGAUGAAGAAAGUGAUAAUGAUGAAGACGAGACUGCGCCUGCUGUUGCCUCUAACCAUACUGACAGCAGUGAUAUCAAAGAGAGAGUAACAGCUACAAUUCCAACACCUGGAAAACAUGCAUUAGAGAUGAAAGAAGUAAAGGGUAUCGUUAACAUCCUUCCUGAGAAGACUAGACAUCAUCCUGACAUGCCAAGAUCUGAAGUCACUGAAAAUCCCAGAGAUGUGGCAAAAAACACAGCAAUCAAACAGCAAAAUGUUAACAAAGAACCUGAAAAGAAACGGAAGAAGACAACAAGCAGCACAAUUUCAACACCUGUGAAACCUGCACUAAAGAUCAAAGAAGAAAAGGGUGUCGUUAAUAGCCUUCCUGAGAGAGCAAGAGAUCAUCCUGACAUGACAAGAUCUGAGGUCACUGAAAAUCCCAGAGAUGUGGCAAAAAACACAGCAAUCAAACAGCAAAAUGUUAAGAAACAACCUGAAAAGAAACUGAAGAAGACAACAAGCAGCACAAUUUCGACACCUGUGAAACCUGCACUAAAGAUCAAAGAAGUAAAGGGCGUCGUUAAUAGCCUUCCUGAGAAGGCUAGACAUCAUCCUGACACGACAAGAUCUGAAGUCACUGAAAAUCCCAGAGAUGUGGCAAAAAACACAGCAAUCAAACAGCAAAAUGUUAAGAAACAACCUGAAGAGGAACUGAAGAAGACAACAAGCAGCACAAUUUCGACACUUGUGAAACCUGCACUAAAGAUCAAAGAAGUAAAGGGUGUGAUUAAAUUCCUUCCUGAGGGUCUUUACAAUGUCAAGCACAAUGAGAAGACUAGAGAUCAUCCUGACACGACAAGAUCUGAGGUCACUGAAAAUCCCAGAGAUGUGGCAAAAAACACAGCAAUCAAACAGCAAAAUGUUAAGAAACAACCUGAAGAGGAACCGAAGAAGACAACAAGCAGCACAAUUUCAACACCUGUGAAACCUGCACUAAAGAUCAAAGAAGUAAAGGGCGUCGUUAAUAGCCUUCCUGAGAGAGCAAGAGAUCAUCCUGACAUGACAAGAUCUGAGGUCACUGAAAAUCCCAGAGAUGUGGCAAAAAACACACCAAUCAAACAGCAAAAUGUUAAGAAACAACCUGAAGAGGAACUGCAAGAACGCAAGGAAGAUCAUGUUGAACAUGAAGAUGAGGAUGAAGAACAGGAAGAUGAGCAUAUAGAUGAAGAUGAUGUUGGUGAAGAUGAGCCUAGAGCUGAGAGAGAUGAGGAUGAAGAAGGUGAUAUUGAUGAAGUCGAGACUGCGCCUGCUGUUGCCUCUAACCAUACUGACAGCAGUGAUAUCAAAGAGAGAGUAACAGAUACAAUUCCAACACCUGGAAAACAUGCAUUAGAGAUGAAAGAAGUAAAGGGUAUCAUUAACAUCCUUCCUGAGAAAGCUAUAGAUCAUCCUGGCAUGCCAAGAUCUGAAUUCUCUGGAAAUAACAGAGAUGUUGCAACAAACACAGCAAUCAAACAGCUGAAUGUCAAGAAAGAACCUGAAGAGGAACUGAAAGAACGCAAGGAAGAUCAUGUUGAACAUGAAGAUGAGGAUGAGGAACAGGAAGAUGAGCAUAUAGAUGAAGAUGAUGUUGGUGAAGAUGAGCCUAGAGCUGAGAAAGAUAAGGAUGAAGAAGGUGAUAUUGAUGAAGUCGAGACUGCGCCUGCUGUUGCCUCUAACCAUACUGACAGCAGUGAUAUCAAAGAGAGAGUAACAGCUACAAUUCCAACACCUGGAAAACAUGCAUUAGAGAUGAAAGAAGUAAAGGGUAUCAUUAACAUCCUUCCUGAGCAGAAGACUAGACAUCAUCCUGACAUGCCAAGAUCUGAAGUCAGUGGAAAUAACAAAGAUGUGGCAAAAAACACAGCAAUCAAACAGCAAAAUGUUAAACAACCUGAAGAGGAACUGAAGAAGACAACAAGCAGCACAAUUUCAACACCUGUGAAACCUGCACUAAAGAUCAAAGAAGAAAAGGGUGUCGUUAAUAGCCUUCCUGAGAGAGCAAGAGAUCAUCCUGACAUGACAAGAUCUGAGGUCACUGAAAAUCCCAGAGAUGUGGCAAAAAACACACCAAUCAAACAGCAAAAUGUUAAGAAACAACCUGAAGAGGAACUGCAAGAACGCAAGGAAGAUCAUGUUGAACAUGAAGAUGAGGAUGAAGAACAGGAAGAUGAGCAUAUAGAUGAAGAUGAUGUUGGUGAUGAUGAGCCUAGAGCUGAGAAAGAUGAGGAUGAAGAAGGUGAUAAUGAUGAAGACAAGAGUGUGCCUUCUGUUGCCUCUAACCAUACUGACAGCAGUGAUAUCAAAGAGAGAGUAACAGCUACAAUUCCAACACCUGGACAACAUGCAUUAGAGAUGAAAGAAGUAAAGGGUAUCGUUAACAUCCUUCCUGAGCAGAAGACUAGACAUCAUCCUGACAUGCCAAGAUCUGAAGUCAGUGGAAAUAACAAAGAUGUGGCAAAAAACACAGCAAUCAAACAGCAAAAUGUUAAACAACCUGAAAAGAAACGGAAGAAGACAACAAGCAGCACAAUUUCGACACUUGUGAAACCUGCACUAAAGAUCAAAGAAGUAAAGGGUGUCGUUAAUAGCCUUCCUGAGAAAGCUGGAGAUCAUCCUGACAUGACAAGAUCUGAGGUCACUGAAAAUCCCAGAGAUGUGGCAAAAAACACAGCAAUCAAACAGCAAAAUGUUAAGAAACAACCUGAAGAGAAACUGCGUAUACCCAUUUUUCUGCUCAUUAACACAAAUGACGAUGAAGAUGACGAAUUGGAUCUAAAUGAGGAACUGGCAUUGGAAACAGAGCAGAGAGAUGAAGAGAUGGCAAAGCCUGAAAAUGAAAGAGAGGUUGUAAAUUCAGGAUCUGAUGUCAGUGGAAACCUCAGCGAUGUGACCUCAAACACAGCAAUCAAAGAGCAAGACGGUCCUUCCUGUGAAGCUCUGCCCGUGUCAGAUGAGUGUGAACAUAAAGAUGUCCCCUGCUCUGGCCACAGUGUAGCUGAAGUACAAUCCAUGAUGCCAGAGAUGAGUGUGGACAUGUCAGAGGCCCCGUCACCUGGGCCCUCAGCCAGCUCUGGUUUGAAUACAAUGGAUCUUGAUCAACUGAAGAGGGAAAAAAUAAAAAUGGAAGUAAAGGUUUUAAAAUUAAAAGAAGAGUAUUACACUUUGAAAAUAAAAGAACUUAAAAAAUGAGGAUUAAUGCUUCUGUAAAGCUGACAUUGCAGACAAUAAAUUAAAAGAUCGCUGUUUACAUCCACAAACUGACACACGUUAUCUGGAGGUUUCUUGAGUGGAAUGCUACUUUUGAGAAAAGCUGCAAAAUCAAGUGUGCUGCAUUUAUACACCGUACUUUGUCAUUGCUAUACUCAGGUUUCCUUUAGUAUUGUUGAUUACCAUGUUUUACUUUGUUUUUAUAAUGAAACAGAUAGAUGGUAUUUUCUUCUGUAAAAUGUGAAUAAACGAUAUUGAUGCUUUUUAUCUGUAAAUUGUGCAAAUGUUAUGAAACUGUGUUUCCUUUAGACUUUGCCCAAGCUGUAGUAAUAGUUGUAAGAAGUAGCCUUUAAACAGCAUCGUGCAAUGUCUUGAGCCACAGCUCAUUUCUUUAUGUUUUGCUUCCAAUGAGCAAGAGCUUUUAGAAAUUUGUAAGACAAAAACAAUAGAUUAGACAAUUAGACAAAAAGUUUUUCAUGGAAAUUUGUCCAACCAUAAUGAGAAAACACAAAAUGAAAAAAAAGGAGAGUUACAGUGCUGUGCAAAAGUCUUGAGCCAGGACACGUCAUGCAGAGAUAUGUUAAGUGCCCAGCUAAUAGCUCUUUGGGUAUCAUUUGGUUACACAAUUAAAAAAACCAAACUUCUGUGUUAUCUUUGGCAUUUUUCUUUUCUUUUCUUUUUUUUAUUCAAAACCUAAAUAUAGUUAUGUUAGGUAUAUAUAGACUAGAUUAAACUGAUUUACUUUGAAAUAACUCAAGAAGAAAAAGUUAUCAGGCUAUAUUUAAUUAUCCUAUAGGCUCUAAUUCUUAAGUGACAAUCAGGUCAACACUCUAUGCCAGUUGGUGGCGGUAAUGAACCAACUAGCUUUUUGACAACCACGAACAAGCACCAAGAAGAUUUUUUUUUUCUUGGGGGAAAAAAGUAAACUUAAAAAAAUAUGUCCUGUCUUUUGAAAAGUAAACUUUGAAAGUAAGUACUGAGUUUUAUCUCAUUUAUUUAUGUAGCGAUACAAAUGUUCCAAUAUCUUUUCUUUCUUUUUUUUGCCUGUCCCGUCUGUUUCUUUAGCCAUCAGAAUUAUUGUCUGAAGGCCAAGAAAGAUGCCCAAUGGAUUUACUUUACCAAGUGGAUCAUCACAGCCUUGCUGUAUUGGUCCAUUCGAUUGACCUUUGUUAUUAUUAUUAUUUUAUUUUAUUUUAUUCUCAGUUGUUACAGACGGGACAGACAUGAC